AUGAGUGUAACAGGCUCUCCACGCAUUGACCAGCCUGUUGUUGAAGGCGACUGGCUCUUAUGGCUUCACAACACCGAAGACGUCCUGGGUGAUGACGGCAGCGCUGCCCAUUUCAAUCCCACUGAUGAUUCAUCCAUCGGCGGGCCCUUUCGUUCAGGGUCUAACCACCAGCGUAGUGAAUGUGAUAGGGCUUCUGAAGACACUUCAAAUGAAUAUGCACCACCAUCCAGUGAUGCUCUCACCGAAGACACGUCAUGGCUAUUGUCGAGCGCAUACUAUGGACCACCAUCCGACUCAUCUGCCGGGUCGAUUGACUCAAUUCCUUCCUCUAUAAGAUUGGCUUCUCGAUCACGAAGAAGAAGGAAGCAGAUGAGCCAGCAGAUGAGCAACAAACAAGACGGCGAGAGGGCUAAAAGAAGAUACCAGUGCACAUUUUGUACAGACGCUUUCAAGACAAAGCAUGAUUGGCAACGACACGAGACGACGAUGCACCUGAGUCUUGAGCAGUGGAGAUGCUCAAGAUACGGCCCAACAAUAAACCGCCCGGACGGAAAGACUUACUGCGUCUUUUGUAACUGUCCUGACCCUACAGCCGAACAUCCUGAGCUGCACAACUACGCCGCCUGUGUCGCCCAGCCCGAGGAAGCUCGACUAUUUCACCGCAAAGACCACCUGAGACAACAUCUACGCCUAUUCCACCAAGGAUGCAACAUCAACGACUCCAUGAAGAGCUGGCUUUCGUCUGUAGAUGAUGUUGUAUCUCGUUGUGGGUUUUGCGACGAACAGAUGGCCUCGUGGACCGAGAAGCAGAAACACCUCGCCGCCCACUUUCGCAUGGGCUCUGAUAUGAAAGAGUGGAAAGGUGACAGAGGGUUUGAUCCUCAGAUCGACGAAAUCGUAGAGAACGACAUGCCUGCGUUUUUGAUAGCCGACCAGCGACGCACCAUGGAGCCGUUCUCAGCUUCGCGGGCUGACCAUCGUGCGAAUAAACUUUCGGAUCCUGUCAGCACAGACUCGAAUAUUCUCGGACCUGGACUGGUCAACAAGGAAUUAGAAGUACACAACACGGGACACUCUCAUCGUGAGGUAGAGCAACAGCUGUUACGAUAUGUGUCUACGAGUAUUUCCCAAGGCCAUGUGCCCUCGGAUCAACAGAUACAAAUAAAGAUGAGUGGGAUUAUAUAUGGACCGGAUAAUACUUGGGACAAUACCUGGGCGGAUAAUCCCCAGUGGUUGGAAAUCUUCAGGAAGAAGGCUGGUUUGAUUAGCUUGCCAUUGAGUGGAGGCAAGAAUGCAUUUAUCGGAUUCUGA